CUGUAGCCUGCAGACAGCUGCUCGUUGCAUCCAUGCCUCCUCUUCCUCCUCCUCUUCCUCCUCUUCCUUUCACUGUGAGUCUCAGAGAGCAGCUCGGAGACAUGCUGCCAGCUGUUCACCGGAUUUAUUGAUUAUCGAUUGAAGAAGAAGAAGCCGAUUAAAAAACAAAAGCAACAUGUCUCGGCACAGAAGGAAGGACGGGAUACCAGACAGAUGGUUGGAUUAUAAAUCUGUUGGGAAAAGACUCGACGGGACUCGUUUCAUCGCCUUCAAAGUGCCGCUGAAACACUCUUUUAGCCGUCAGCUUCGUCGCUCCGAGGUGUUCGGUCCCUGGGAGCUGCUGGACGCUCUGAACGAAGAGAAGCAGCAGUUGGGUUUGAUCAUCGACCUCACCUUCACCAAACGCUACUACCAGCCACAGGACCUCCCGGACUCUCUGCUCUGUGUGAAGAUCUUCACGGCCGGUCACGAGAUUCCCAGCGACGCCAAGAUCCUGAGCUUCAAACGAGCCGUGCACAGAUUCCUGACGGACAACGCCGACAACGAUAAGCUGAUCGGAGUUCACUGCACUCACGGUCUGAACCGCACCGGUUACCUGAUCUGCAGAUACCUGAUCGACGUUGAUGGGAUGGAUCCUAACGAGAACACCGGAGUGAAGGCCUCGGAGCGUUGGGCUGCUGAGUGA